UCCGCGCCGGCGCUAGGCUCGCUCGGCCGGCAGGAAGAGCGGAGCAGGCGCGCGGCCCGGCGGAGCAGCCGACUCUGGAGCAGCCGGAGCUGGAGGAGGAGGAGGAGGAGCGGCGGCGGGGAAGGAGGAGGAGGCGGAGAGUCGCUCCCGCCGGCCGAGCAUGGGGCGCCCGGCGCCGAGGCCGCUGCUGCUGGCGCUCCUAUCGCUGGCUGUCUGUCGCGGGCGUGUGGUGAGAGUCCCUGCAGGCAGCCUGGUCCGGGUGGUGGGCACCGAGCUGGUGAUCCCCUGCAAUGUCAGCGACUAUGAUGGCCCCAUCGAGCAGAACUUUGACUGGAGCUUCUCAUCUUCGGGGAGCAGCUUUGUGGAGCUCGCCAGCACCUGGGAAGUGGGCUUCCCAGCACAGCUGUACCGGGAGCGGUUGCAGCGGGGCGACAUCCUGUUGAGGAGAACCGCCAAUGAUGCUGUGGAGCUACACAUAAAGAAUGUCCAGCCCUCAGACCAAGGCCACUACAAGUGCUCAACGCCGAGCACAGAUGCCACUGUCCAGGGCAACUAUGAGGAUACAGUGCAGGUUAAAGUGCUGGCAGAUGCCCUGGUGGUGGGCCCCAGCUCCCGGCCUCCUCCAGGCCUGAACCUGCGUGAGGGGGAGCCCUUUGAGCUGCGAUGUAUUGCAUCUACCAUGUCACCAUUGCAUACUCACCUGGCACUUCGGUGGGAACUACACCGUGGUCCAGUGCACCGCAGCAUCCUGGCCCUAAGCCACGAGGGCAGGUUUCACCCAGGCCCUGGCUAUGAGCAGCGCUACCAUAGUGGGGAUGUACGCCUGGACACCGUGGGCAGCGAUGCCUACCGCCUCUCCGUGGCCCGGGCACUCUCUGCGGACCAGGGUUCCUACAGGUGUGUGGUCAGCGAGUGGAUCACAGAGCAAGGCAGCUGGCAAGAAAUCCAAGAAAAGGCCGUGGAAGUGGCCACCGUGGUGAUCCAGCCGACAGCUCUGCAAUUGGCUGUGCCCAGGACUGUGUCUGUGACUGAAGGAAAGGACCUGGACCUUUCUUGCAAUAUCACAACAGACCGUGUGGAUGAUGUUCGACCCGAGGUGACAUGGUACUUCAAAAAGACACCUGAUGCCUCCUUGCUUGCCUCCCACAUGCUGGCUCGCCUGGACCGUGACUCCCUGGUACACAGUUCACCACACGUUGCUCUCAGCCAUGUGGAUACCCGUUCCUACCAUCUGCUGGUGCGAGAUGCUAGCAAAGAAAACUCUGGCUACUACCUUUGCCUUGUGGCCCUCUGGGCUCCUGGACAUAACAGGAGUUGGCACAAGGUGGCAGAGGCCAUGUCUGCCCCAUCCAGUGCAAGUGUGACCUGGCUAGAGCCAGAAUACCAAGUCUACCUGAAUGCUUCUAAGGUGCCCGGGUUUUCAGAUGACCCCACAGAACUGCAAUGUCGGGUGGUGGACACGAAGCGUGUGGAAGCCGGUGUCCGACUUACCGUGUCAUGGUACUACAGAAUGAACCGUCGCAGUGAUGAAGUGGUGGCCAGCGAGCUUCUUGCAGUCAUGGACGGGGACUGGACUCUAAGAUAUGGAGAGAGGAGCAAGCAGCGGGCCCAGAGCGGAGAGUUUAUUUUUUCUAAGGAGCACACAGACACAUUCAGUUUCCGGAUCCAAAGGACUACGGAGGAAGACAGGGGCAAUUAUUACUGUGUUGUGUCUGCCUGGACCAGGCAGAGAAACAACAGCUGGGUCAAAAGUAAGGACGUCUUCUCCAAGCCCGUCAACAUAUUCUGGGCCUCAGAAGAUUCUGUGCUUGUGGUGAGGGCACGGCAGCCAAAGCCCUUCUUUGCUGCAGGGAAUACAUUUGAGAUGACUUGCAAAGUGUCUUCCAAGAAUAUUAAGUCACCGCGCUACUCUGUUCUCAUCACGGCCGAGAAGCCUGUUGGGGACCUCACCAGUCCCAAUGAAACCAAGUACAUCAUCUCCCUGGACCAGGAUUCUGUGGUGAAGUUGGAGAACUGGACUGAUGCAUCACGGGUGGACGGCGUUGUGUUAGAGAAGGUUCAAGAGGAUGAGUUUCGAUACCGAAUGUACCAGACUCAGGUCUCCGAUGCAGGGCUAUACCGCUGCGUGGUGACAGCCUGGUCUCCUAUUGGGGGUAGCUUGUGGCGAGAAGCAGCGACUAGUCUCUCCAAUCCCAUUGAGAUUGACUUCCAAACCUCAGGUCCCAUAUUUAAUGUCUCUGUGCAUUCAGACACACCGUCAGUCACCCGGGGAGAUCUCAUCAAGUUGUUCUGUAUUGUCACUCUGGAAGGAGCAGUCCUGGACCCAGAUGACAUGGCCUUCGAUGUGUCCUGGUUUGCAGUACACUCCUUUGGCUUGGACAAGGAUCCCGUCCUCCUAUCCUCCCUGGACCGGAAGGGAGUCGUGACUACAGGCCAGAGGGACAGGAAGAGUACUCUCAGCCUGGAGCGAGUGAGCGCACUGGAAUUCUUGCUGCAAGUGCAUGGCUCUGAGGACCAGGACUUUGGCAACUACUACUGUUCUGUGACUCCGUGGGUGAGGUCACCCACAGGUUCCUGGCAGAGGGAGGCUGAGAUCCACUCCAGGCCCAUCUUUAUAACUGUGAAGAUGGAUGUGCUGAAUGCCUUCAAGUACCCGCUACUGAUCGGCGUGGGCCUGUCUACAGUCAUCGGACUCCUGUCCUGCCUCAUCGGGUACUGCAGUUCCCACUGGUGCUGUAAGAAGGAGGUGCGGGAGACUCGUCGGGAGCGCCGCAGGCUCAUGUCCAUGGAGAUGGAUUAAGCAGUGGAGCUGGCGGGGCAGAGGGACACUGUAGGAGUGGUGGGAGUGAGAAGAGGACCAGUGAUAUUUGAAGACAAAGUGUGUUACACUAAAACCAGUCCUCUCUAAUCUCAGGUGGGACCUGGCGCUCUCUCUUUUCUGCAUGUCAAGUUCUGAGCGCGGACAUGUUUACCAGCACACGGCUCUUCUUCCCACGGCACUUUCUGAUAUGUAACAAUCGAGUGUGUGUUUCCCCAGCUGCAGCUUUUUAAUGGUUAACCCUGGUCUAAUUAGUUUUCUCCUAGCGGUUUCUUGAGCCUCUGAUUUGUGUGUGUCAAUCACUUUUGAUGUGAGGGAUUGUGGUGAGGAAAGGUGAAGGUGCUCAGAGUUGGUCAUUGUGGGUGAGAGGGUACCUGCUCUCCUGAGAGCCAGCAAGGGGCUGGCAUCUGGACAGUUGCUACCUGCUACCCUCCAUGGUGGCCCAGAGCUGAUGAAGACCUGCGCCAAGGCAAGCUGUGGCUUGCCUACCCUGUGUUGACUACCCUGCCCAUCUAACUAUGUUAGAACCUAAACUCAGAGUCUAUGACUUCUUGAUCCAUAUGCCUCUUGUGUUUCCCCUUGUUCUCUGCCCCCUUCCAUUUUCGGGUUUAUUUCUGUGAGAGUGAGGAAAUGGCAGCCCUGGAGUCUAGAAUUUGGCUUUCCACCAAGCACCUUAUCUCGCCACCUUAGCCUUAAGAAUGAGUAUGAAGAAAAAUCCACCGCCACCUCUGUCCAGGGCAGAAGGUCUGUGAGCAAGAGGACACUAGAGACAAGGAAAGGAAUAGGUGCUCUCCCUCCCUGGUAGUUCUGAGGCCACUGUGCUCCAGGGACCCCAGGGAGAGUAGCACCAGAGGGCAUCUGAAUGUGCCCUGUCACUUCAUGAGAGGCACUGUUGCUGGUUGCCAUAGGACCUGCAAGGGAGCCACGGUGUGCUACAUCCUUCACUUGCCUCUGGAGCUCCUUCACACAGAAGCAGAUUGCUGCCUGCAAUACUGACUGACUUCAAGGAAUCAGAAAUUGCCUAGAGCAAGUGUGCACGUUCCAUGACCUUUUCAGUCCUUGAAGUCUUUUUAAGAUCCCUGCAGGGGGUAGUGAAGAGGUAUGUGUUUUGUGGAUGUUUGCCUUCCUAUUAGGAAUAUGUAGGGAACCCAGCAAUUUACUGUCAUGUGAAUGGCUUGUAAAAUAGGGUUGAGAGCAGCUGGCUCUGCCUGACUGGGCACAGCAGGAAUUAGGACAGUGUACAGAGACACCUUCCAGGUCCCCGGUGCCAGCUCCAUCAGAGCCUCAGCCACCCAAAGUCUCUCACUGCCCAGCACAGGCCUUCCACCAGCCUCCCCUGGGUGUCAAGGCUCACCACCAACUGGUACCCUCUUAUCCCUUUGGCUCUGAAGGAGUUAACACUAUUGUCUUCCAAAGUGUGUGUGAGGGAAGAGUCCUUUGUUUUGAGCAAUAAAGUAAUACAAGUAGAUGGCCAUUCACAUGCAGCUCUUUGUCAGCAAGGGCCAGCAUGAGCUGAGCCCCCUCCUUUGUGUUCACCACCCUGCUCCUGUGAUGAGGUCUGAGCUGGUGGGUCCAGCCCACAUAGGGUCCAAGUUUAAAGUCAGUAGCAAGAAGAGAGACAGCAGUUGCACCCCACCCAAGCAAGAGGCGGGGGGCUUGGAAGAUAUGGAUAUUUCUAUAUGUCACUUCCUUACUGCUAGUUCAAAGGUGGGGUACAGGUGUCUGUACAAACAGGAAUUAGAGGAGCAGAACCAGGUACUUCAUUAGUAGCAGCCUUUGAACCCUGCAGUUACUGAAGAAGAUUCAGGGCCAUUGUAGUGCAGCCUACCUUUCCCUUUCUCAACUGGUGUUGAGAUUUGAGCCUGAAUUGCUGAGGCUCUGGCCAUCCAUCAUCUACUGGCCAUGCCUAAACCCCCAAGCUGCUUAAGGCUGGGAGAGGGGCCAGAAACCCCAGGACCUAGUUCCUUUUGGGACUAUCAACAUUCUGGGAUGUAAGUCUUUUUAAGUGUGGUCAAACACUCUUAAUGUACCAAAUAGGGUUCCCCAUGAAGUGCUCAUCCUGAGCAUCCCCCUCUACCCCCCAGUACUGGUGUACAGAAGAGAAGGCUGAGCCAGGCCUUGGCAGGUAAAAUUGCACUUCUUAAAGAGAAACUUUAUAGAAGGUUAGGUUUUCUUCCCCUAAUUGCAAACCCCCCCUCCUCCCCCCCAAAGAGCCUAAGCUACAUUCAGAUUGAAGCCUAGAAAUUACUUUAAAUUGUUUACUUUAUGAUGUUUACACACACGAUUCACUUUUUUAAAAAAUAAGAAAAAUACAAACUCUGGCUUUUUAACAACUUUUCAAAUUUUUCAUGCAUGGGAUAUGCUGGCACCCUGACUCACCAGCUGGAUUAAAUCCUCAUUUAGAAAUGUCCCGAUGUGUGUGUCUUCCCCUCCCAGCCACACGGCUCCCUCCUGCCCAGACCUCUGUCUGUUUCUCUGGUGGCUUUUGCCUCCUGCUUUGCAGACUGCCUGCAGCCAUGAUUUUGUUACGGCAUCUAUGAGCCAAAGACUGCGCCCUUGGAGCAGGAACAAUAAGCAAUACUACAGACUCGCUACUUUCGGGGGAAAUGUUUUUUUUGUUUUUAGCUUCACUGAUGACAACAAGGAAGAAGGGAACUAGGGUUUAGGUAAGUUCUCCUCCGAUGUGUGACCAUUCUCAGUGACACACAUGUGUGCGGGUCACUAGGAGAACAAGGUUGGGUUUCUUUUCUAGAGUAUAACACGAGGAUCUGCAGACUUUUCCGUAGACAAGAGAAGGUCUUGUGUAUUUUUGUCCGUAUCCAAUGUUAUACAAACUAAUUGUGUUGUUUUAUACUGUGGCCACAAAUAUUAUGCAAUGCACCAUUUGUUUUUGUUUUUUAUUUCAUUAAAGGAAGUUUAAUUUAAA